ACGCGGCUUUAACUUCGGUUAAAAUAAAAAUUUAGAAAAAUUAGAUUACGUACGAUUGUAAAGCAAGUUUUUCACUAUUAGCGAGACCAGAAGUGUUGUUCAUUUUCCCCAUUAUUGAUUGUGUUUUAAGAAGUGCAUUGCUAUACUUGGUGGUCGCGAGAAUAUGUGAAACGAAAUGAAAAAUUCAACUCCAAUAAAGUUGGAAGAAUCCACUGCGAUAAAGGUUGAAGAGUCUAUUAUAAUCGAUGUCCUAGAUGUAAAGGCUGAAUCGAUCGAAAUUAACGGAUGCUUCCGUGAUACUCUGCCGACGACCUCCGGAGAUGAUCGACCGGUUGUGAAACAAGCAACUGCUACAAUAAACAGCGCUAAUAAAGCUACAGAAACGGCUCCUGCUGCAGGAGCUGAUGAAGAUGAUAAAGUCGAUAGUUCCAGCAAUUCGCACGCUUUGGAAGUGCACCCUCUUACUGACAACGGCAGUCAAACGAAACACAUUUGCGAAAUCUGUGGAGCAUCAUACAUAUACCGUGCUGGUUUAUAUCGUCACAAGAAAAUCCACAGGCACCUGAAAUUACACUCGGAGCGUUCGUAUAAAUGCGAUAUCUGUGGCAAUGUAUAUAAGUGGAAAACAACCCUCGUUAAACAUAUGAAAAUUCACACCGCAACGCAAUCUUUCGAAUGUGACAUUUGUGGCAAAAUUCUUACCCCCGGCACACUACAGCAGCAUAAAAUUGUGAAACACACGUCGGAUAAAAAAUUCGCGUGUAACGUAUGCGGUAAAAAUUUCCAUCUGAAACAACAGCUAACGAAGCACCUGAAGAGGCACAGCCCGGAACGCCCGCACCGGUGUACGGUUUGUGGAAAAGCUUUUCUAUGUCGAAGUGACCUUGCGCAGCACAUGCCUGUUCACAGCGGUAAACGACCACCCAUCGACCGGCAAUACGCUUGUGAUGUCUGUGACCGAAAAUUCACCACCAACCGUACUCUCACGUGUCACUUGAGAACUCACACCGGAGAGCGACCGUUCGAGUGUGACAUAUGUCACAAAACUUUCAUUAGUCGUAGAGGACUUAAUUAUCAUAAAAUCCAAAACCACGCGCAGGAAGAGAAUUUUAAUUGUCCAGAUUGCGGUAAAAAAUUUUACUUGAAAACACAAUUAACACAGCAUCUGAAAAUGCACAGCCAAGAGCGUCCACACAAGUGUCUGACAUGCGGAAAAGUCUAUAAGCACAAAGACUCGCUCGUUGAGCAUAUGCAUCGACACACAGGCGGGCGAGCAUAUAUUUGCAACGUCUGCGGUGCAUCUUACAACUCACGUGCUGGUUUAAACUAUCACAAAACAAUCCACACAUCCGCUGAGCCAAAACCUUACAAAUGUGACCAGUGUAGUUCUCAAUUCGCCCAUAAACGUUAUCUCAACUUUCACAAAAAGAAGCACCAACUAUCAAGUUCCAAUUCCGAAAAACCGCUGUUCAAAUGUGACUUAUGCAGCAAAACUUUUGCGUCGAAUCAAACGCUGAAGGCUCACUGCAUUAUAAAACAUACGACGGAAAAGGGUUUCAAAUGCGACAUUUGCGGUAAAGAGUACCACAUAAUGGCACAGUUGAACAGGCACCGGAGUUUUCACACCAGUACGCAAUCUUUCGAAUGUGACACAUGUGGAAAUUUUUUUAAGACACCCAAUACUUUACGGCUGCACAAAAUUAUAAAACACACGUCGGAAAAAGCAUUCGCCUGUAACGUGUGCGGUAAAGAUUUCCAUAUGAAGGAACAGCUAACGAGGCACCUGAGGGCGCACAGCGCGGGCCGUUCGCAUAGAUGCGAUAUUUGCGGAAAGGGCUUUCGAUUCCAAUCCGUACUCGCCUUUCAUAUGCGCGCUCACAGUUCGGAGCGAGUGUUCAAGUGCGCCAUCUGCGGUGCAGCGUAUAAAUCGUGCAGCAGUUUAGAUCGACACAAGCUGAUUCACUCGGGCGAUCCGACACCGUACAAAUGUGACCGGUGCAGUGCGCAGUACGUUCAGAAACGCAGUCUCGAUAAGCACAUCAUAAGGGAACACUCAAAGGAAAGCGAUGGGUGUCGGGCAGAGGUUCGCGAUGAAAUAGUAUAACAGUGAUUUCUCAUUACCUUCACGUGGCUGGGAACGUAUAUGUAAGUUGGUCAAAAAGACAAUUCCAUUAAAUUGCGAAUGAAAAGUUCUCCAAGCCAAAGUUUAGUAUUUGAUCGGCUGGUGCAAAUAGUCUUACAAACUAGUAGAUUCAGUGUACAUAGUCUUGA